AUGCAGAGUAAAGUGCAGGGAUUCACACGUGAGAGCGGCGCUUGCGCCGGGCAGUGGGUCAGGUGCAAGCUCGCCAUUUCUCAGCCGUGGGCGCCCCUCAACCUACUUCCAACCUCACUUCACUCGUCAAACUGCUAUACACCCGGUACGCAGUAUGGCGUCCUCAUCAAAUGCGAUGCAUCUAUCAAGGCCAUCAUUGUGCGGAUCGACGCCGAUCAGAACGACAUCAUCGUUGAUGAUCUUGACGACGAGCAUCUCUUGAUCAAGGAAGCAAAGCUUGCCGAGCUGAAGCAGCGGCUGAGCGAGACUCUAAAAGCCACAUUGCGAGAGCCUGAGAGUUCGAAUUCCGAGUAA